UCUCCUCUCUCCUCCCUGGUCGUCCUCUCCUCUGCAGGCCUGCUGCUGCAGAGACGGGCUGCGUGACGUCAGUGAAGGCUCGAGCGGCUCCUUGGUUGAAGCAGGAAAAAAAAAAUGGGGAGAAGAUUGCGAGGACCUCAGACAUGGGAACCAUGACAGCUAAAAGUGAAAAGACCAGUUGAAUGUUGCCACUAUGUGUGGUCAUGUGACUGAGCUGGGCUCCUCCAUAGCACAUGGGAUCUCUCUUCCUCCUACUGACUUGCCGUUGUUGCCCUCUUGCCCUGUUUUCACCAUGAGAGGAUCCGUCAGGUGUUUGACCUCUGUGACCUCAUACUGGCGCUGCUGUUGUGCCGCGUGAGCGCCCCCUCUCCUCCCGGCAGUUACUGCACGGAAUGGCCUCUCUGGACCUGCCAUACCGCUGUCCUCGCUGCGGGGAGCACAAGCGCUUCCGAAGCCUGUCGUCCUUACGCGCCCACCUGGAGUACAACCACACGUACGAGACCCUCUACGUCCUCUCCAAAUCCAACAGUGUGUGUGACGCCGCUGCUCUGCUGCCACUAGUGGCCGAGGGAGCUCUCCUCGCACCUGCCAACAACAACGACCCUUUUGAGCCGCUGCGGCCUUCAGCUUUAAAGGAGCGCCGCUUCCCUUGUCGUGAGCUUCCGUGUGCGGACGACUUGAGUUUGACCCCGGCUAACUCCAACACUGCAGCCCGGUAUAUUCCCAAUGUGGAGUUUCCCCUUGGGGAGAUUUUUAUGAAGAAAGCCAUGACAUCCGCAGACCCGGGUCCCCAUGGAAACCCCAGCACAGCUGUAGCAGUGGCAGCUAACGUAGCGGCAAGUGCAGUGGAGGCGGCCUAUGAGGAAGGCCUGGCCAGGCUGAAGGCCCGGGCGUUUGAACGGCUGGAGCUGGAUGAAAGGCUGGAGAAGUUGUCUGAAGAGGUGGAGCAGAAAAUAGCGGCCCGCGUAGGUCGUCUUCAGUCAGAGCUGGAGAGGAAGAGCUCCGAGCUGGAGCGGGCCAAGCUGGAGAGCGAGCAGCUGAGCCAGGAGAAACAAGACCUGGAGGACAAGGCCUCCGAGCUCUCUCGGCAGGUGGACGUCUCUGUGGAAAUGCUAGCCAACCUCAAACAGGACCUGGUGAACAAGGAGCAGGAGCUCAACCACAAACAACAGGAAGUCGCCCAGAUUGACCAGUUCCUUCAGGAGACGGCGGCACGUGAAGCCAAUGCCAAGGUGCGGCUGCAGCAGUUCAUCGAGGAGCUGCUGGACCGAGCGGACCGUGCCGAAAAACAGCUGCAGAUCAUCAGCAGCUGUGGCACCACGCCGAACGGCAGCCUGGGACGCUGCAGCCUCCAGAACUCUAAGGGCAACGGACGCCAGAGAAACUCCAGCAACUCUGGGAGCACAAGAGGCAUGUACCAAGUGUCAGACCGACGAUCGUCCCCCAGCACAGGAGCAUCCGGGCGGAUCAAGUCCGUCUCACAGGGCUCUGGAGGUUACGACAGUGACAGCGUGGAGAUGCAUCCCAUGGAGGACUGUCCCGAGGCUCAGUACUAUCAGAUGCAGUGCCGGCUGGGCGAGGCGGGUUACGAGCGCUCCCCGGGGUGUGGCGGUGGCGGAUCGAGGAACUGGGGUCUUCGUAAACAGGCUAUCCGGAACUGGCAGCGGCGACCUUACAGGAACAGCACUGAAGGCGAGGAAGGAGACGUAUCAGACGUGGGCUCCCGGACCACCGAGUCUGAGGUGGAGAUGUGGGAACAAGAGAGGAGAGCUGUGGCUGAAGUCCAGCAGUCGGCCCCUCCCUAUCCUCACCACGGCAGGACAGGAUAUCGCCCCAACACAGGUCGGUCUGAUGGGAUCUACAACAAGCCAUGCCGCCAUGAAAAGAGCCCGUCCAAAUCCAACGAGGUGAUCAGUCCAGAGAUCCUGAAGAUGCGUGCAGCUCUCUUCUGUAUCUUCACCUACCUGGACACUAAAACGCUGCUGAGAGCUGCUGAGGUUUGCCGGGACUGGAAGUUUGUGGCUCGUCACCCAGCUGUGUGGACCAGGGUGCUGCUAGAGAACGCUCGCAUUUCUUCCAAGUUCCUGAGCACAAUGUCUCAGUGGUGCACUCAGACGCACUCGCUCAUCCUGCAAAAUCUCAAACCAAGACAGAGAGGAAAGAAGGAAACCAAGGAGGAGUACGUUAAAAGCACACGUGGCUGUCUGGAGGAAGGUCUGGAGGCGUUGUUAAAGGCCACAGGAAGUAACCUUCUGAUACUGAAGAUUUCACACUGCCCCAACCUGCUGACCGAUCGCUCUCUCUGGCUGGCCAGCUGCUACUGCCGAGCUCUGCAGGCUGUAACCUACAGAAGUGCCACGGAUCCAGUUGGCCAGGAGGUGAUCUGGGCACUUGGAGCAGGUUGUAGAGACAUCAUCUCCCUACAGGUGGCGCCACUACACCCAUGCCAACAGCCUGCUCGUUUCAGUAACCGAUGCCUGCAGACGAUUGGAAGAUGUUGGCCACACCUCCGUGCUCUUGGUGUGGGCGGGGCUGGAUGUGGCAUUCAGGGUCUGGCCUCUCUAGCGAGGAACUGCAUGCGCCUGCAGGUGCUGGAGUUGGAUCAUGUGAGUGAGAUCAACCAGGAGGUGGCAGCAGAGGUCUGCAGAGAGGGUUUAAAAGGUCUGGAGAUGCUGGUGCUCUCCUCCACACCCGUCACCCCAAAAGCCCUGCUCCACUUCAACAGUGUUUGCCGCAACCUGAAGUCCGUCGUGGUUCAGAUUGGUAUAGAAGACUACUUCGAGGACCCCAACAGCCCCGAAGCUAGAAAACUGUUUGACGAGAUGGUAAACAAGCUUCAGGCUCUGAAGAAGCGACCCGGCUUCUCCAAAAUCCUCCACGUGAAAGCAGACAGUCUCUGCUAACAUCUUUCGUGCAGAUUCUUCAAGUCUUGGAGAGGCGCCAUCUUGGCUCCAGUCAAUCAUAAAGACCCAGCUGUUUUGAGCCCGCUCCACGGGUUGAAUACGUCUGCAGCACCGACAGAAACAACAGAAAGAUCGCCAUGAUGAACCAGGGCCGAGGCUCAAUGUGCAUACUCCCAUAACUCAUUCACUAUUCCAGUAAGGGGAAUAAUCAAUAUCUCCUUCAUGCCGGUCAGGAGGCUUCUUUGGACAAACAAUGGCACUAUAUAUCACAAGAAGGGCCUGUCUCAAAGCUUAUACAUAACACAACAGAACUGUCAGAUUGCUCUUUCUUAGUCGUCUUCUGCUUUCACCAUCAAAACGGAUCGCGUCGCCGCAGAGAGCCAGAUCCCUUUCUUGAAACGCCUGGAGCCAAUUGACAGCGCUGUAUUUAACUGUCUGCAUCCACACAAUGCUUGACAUAUACUCAAGACUACCUUCAACACCAACAGCUCGUGGGCAGGAGCACAUUAUAAAGCGUACUUACUUUCCGCAGAAGUGCAUAAAAUGUUGGCAGGAGUAAGAAAUUGUAGAGAAAUUCUCAAGGUUGGAGAGUCUUGAGACAGGAGCUUUAUGUUUGUUUGCGUGUGUGCCGAGGAUAGAAUAAAUCCAUCCCGCCUGCCCUGCACUGCUGUGUGUUGAAACCGGACAACUUUCAACACUUGCUGCUUCCACCCAGGACAGAAACACGCUUCACCAGAGAGCAAGGACAGCCUCCCUGCAACACACAUACCUUGACAGUCUUCUUAACCAACUGCAUGGCAGCGAUGCAUUUACCCUUCUCCUACCAUCCACUGCUUCCUCAUGUGAACAGCGUUGCGCCACAAACCUGGACUCAAGUGUUUUUGAUGGAAUCUCUGAGAGAGCAGGACGCAGUGUCUGAUGCUGGGAAGACGAUCCAUAAUGCAUUUCUCUCGGUGCCAUUUGUAACAGUGUCUGUCCUCAUUCCAGUGAGCGUUUUCUCCAAUGUGCCAUUAAUGAGGGAGGAGGGACCAUGUACAGUAAGGCAGAUGUUUAAUCUCUUCAAAUCAAAUGUAAAAUGAUUGGAGUUUGGAGUGUAAGCAGCUCUUACUCAGCAUAAGGGUGUUGUGUUUCAUAUGGAACAGGGCAUACAGGUGUUACAGUGUUUAUAUAUCAUGUGACUUUCAUACUUUACCAUACUAAACAGUGCCAUUCCUAUUAGCAGUGCUUGUCAUGGCUGAGGCCCUGAUUAAUCCUUAUUUAUAUUUUUCAGCCUCUGGCUCCCUCUGCUGGUGUUUCCGAGCACUUACAGAGCCAACGGCCAGCUGGUGUGAUAUGACACUUUGUACUCUUUGCAGCAAAGGAACACGUAUCACCUUUUACUAUUUAGCAGAACUCAAAACCAAGAGAUCAGGUCUUCAGUAUCACCUUCAAAUUAGGAAUUUGAUUUGGUGCAAACCAUGGCUACAACUUAGUUUAGCCUACGUUGCAGAAAUUCUCAAGAAGUAUGAGUAGCAAUAUUUACUGUGGUGACACUUAGUGUACCCUCCUCUGUGCUGCAGAUAAGUUAAAGGGGGGUUUCCAACAAGUUUACACAUCAAGAUCAGUUUAUUAUUCACAAGGAGUAGCUACUGCUCAGCCAAAACAGUUGUAUAAUUCUGGCUCUGGAUGAGCUUCUUCAAGUCCGAGAAAAUAACCCUUGAAAUGUUAUAUCGCCUUGGAAACUACAAAUUUAUAGCACAGAAAGCGGCGUUACAAGCUGGGGGGCAUGUCGUUUGAAAAAUGUGGAAAGAUGCGUUUACAAUAGAAAAUAGUAUUUAUGGGAAUUUGUGGAGCUUGACCCAUACUAGGGACCAAAAGUCAGGAUUUUUCUGCCUCUGCUGAAUUCAUUUUUUAAAAUCAGUCUCUUGCGAGUCCCCGAACUUUAUGAAAGUGCAAUACUAAAUCACUGGAGCUCCUUCGACACUUACAAUCGCUUUGCUUUAAAUGCACACAGUUUUGAAACAGGUCACACAUCUAGAACAUCACGUCCCUUCCCUUGCGACAACCCAAUUCGACUGUGAUCAGGCAAUUACAUAGGCGUUAUUGGUCGUCAUAAGCACCAUACAUGUGGGUCAUUAAGGGCCUACUAUGCAUACUACAUUUAAAAUAGAGAUGUUGCCAUUUUUACUUGCCGAUACUGAUUCCGAUACCUGCAUUUGCUGUAACAGCAGAUAACAGCGUGAUAAAAAAAGAUAUAGUUAUUGUUAUUAUUUAACAGCUGUUUACUACUGACCAUAUUUGGAUUGUGGACAGUAGUUGCCGCUU